CCUUUCUGAGCCAUUCACCGGCGGAGAGGACGGAGGCUGGAGCUGUAGAUGAAGACAAUGAUAACAUUUUAAACAACACACACAGGAGCUGGAUUACAUCUUCAUCCCGUGCAUGAGGAGUGUUACUCUGCUGCAGACACCACAGCCUGAAGCCUUCCUGCCAAAUCUGGGACCAUGUCUGGAGUGUUCGAAGAGUCCGAGGAGACCACAGACAGCUUCUGGGAGGUUGGAAACUACAAACGUUCAGUGAAGCGGAUCGACGAUGGUCAUCGUCUCUGCAACGAUGUGAUGAACUGCAUCCAGGAGCGUGCCAAAAUCGAGAAAUCCUACGCACAGCAGCUGACCGAAUGGUCCAAGAGAUGGAGACAGCUGGUUGACAAAGGACCUCAGUACGGCACGGUCGAGCGAGCCUGGAUGGCGGUGAUGACGGAGGCAGAGAAGGUGAGCGAGCUCCACCAGGACGUGAAAAACAAUCUGAUCAACGAGGACUUCGAGAAGGUGAAGAACUGGCAGAAGGACGCGUACCACAAACAGAUGAUGGGAGGAUUCAAGGAAACCAAAGAGGCAGACGAGGGCUUCAAGAAGGCUCAGAAACCCUGGGCCAAGAAGCUAAAAGAGCUGGAGGCUGCCAAGAAGUCAUACCACAUGGCCUGUAAAGAGGAGAAGCUGGCGUCCACCAGAGAGGCCAACAGUAAGGGCGAGGCCUCGGUCGCGGCCGACCAGCAGAAGAAACUCCACGAGAAAGUGGACAAAUGCAAACAGGAUUCACAGAAGGCGAAGGAGAAGUAUGAGAAGUCUCUGGACGAGCUGAGUAACUGCACCCCUCAGUACAUGGAGAACAUGGAGCAGGUGUUCAACCAGUGUCAGCAGUUUGAAGAGAAGAGGCUGAGCUUCCUCCGAGAGGUGCUGCUGGACGUCAAACGCCACCUCAACCUCACAGAGAACCAAAGUUAUGCUACAGUUUACAGAGAUCUUGAACGCACCAUCACGUCAGCCAGCCCACAGGAGGAUCUGAAGCUGUUCAGCAACAUCCACGGCCCCGGCAUGCACAUGAACUGGCCACAGUUUGAGGAGUACAACCCAGAGCUUUCCCACAGCAUCACGAAGAAAGAGAAGUCAAAGAAAGGCAGCGAAGGCAUCACGUUGACCAACGUCAACACAGCAGUAGACCAAGUUCAGGCCGGAGACCGCGGAAGUGUCAGCAGCUACGAGAAGAACCAGGCGUUCACGGCCUCCACAGAGUGGUCGGACGAGGACCAGACGGCACCGAACUCGGGCAACGACACCAACGGAGGGAUGAACCCCUUCGAUGAGGACGCGGGGACGGGCGUGAAAGUGAGAGCGCUGUACGACUACGACGGACAAGAGCAGGACGAGCUCAGCUUCAGAGCAGGCGACGAGCUGCUGAAGCUGGAGGAGGAGGACGAGCAGGGCUGGUGUAAAGGUCGUCUAGAGAACGGCCAGCUGGGCCUCUACCCGGCCAAUUACGUGGAGCCGAUCUAACUGCUCCAGCUGAGGACGCUUGUCUCGUCCGAGGGGGACAAACCCAGACUGAACCGUCCGGUCAUGACCGCACAUUGCCAGAGACUUUUUAAAGCAAAGCUUCCUCGUGCUCAGUCGUCAUCGCAGCGCUCAUCACAGACGAGACUGAAUCAUCCACAGACUCUGCAACCCAAAACAUCCAAGUUUCUUUUGCGUGUCGCUGUGUUUGAUUUCAGCUGUGAUGCUAACAUGCCAUACAGUAUAUCCUCUCAUCUUAUUGAUAUGGUAUCGUCAGUGGUGCCUGGACAGCGGGAAUGAGCCAUGCAUUGUGCAUUUCAUGUAUAUAUUCUAAUCUCUUUUUUUGUUUUUUUACAGUCUGGAUACUUGUACAGUUUUGUUUCUCACUGAACUCAGUGUUUUCUUCCUUUGUGAAAUAUUUACAUGUUUAGCUUCAUGGGAAUAGCUUGAUUAUUUGGGGGAAAUGUGUUUAUUUGCAUUUUUAGAUGAGAAGAUUGACACCACUCUUGCGUCUGUACGAUAAAUAUACAAACAAAAUCAGUUUUCAUUGAACCUCACAUCUGCUUUUUAUGGUCCAUAAUUUAUUUUUGCCAUUGAUCUGUACUAUUGUCUAAUAUUUGAUGUGUUAUAUGUCCCUGCUUUUAUUUAUACAUGAAAUAUAUAUGAAUUUCAUUUGCUGCCCAUCUUGCCCAGAUGCUCAAAUAGUGAUUCUGGAUCUUUGUUAAGGUCACACGUUACUUAGCAUAAAGAUUGGGAACAGGGGAAAACAAGCGAUCAAUCUUCUUGUUGAGUUCAACUGUCAGCAAAUGAGCGAAUAAGCAUAAUUCUCAAAAAUGUUGCAAUAUUAAUUUAGUAGUUUUCCUGCUUCAUUCCUCAACAUAUCUUAUGUGUUUUAUCUUAUUAAAAAUAAGAUAAAACACAGUUCUCAAACAAUCCUCCAGUUUCUCUUUCUCAGCAGAACGUCUCUUUGAAAUUCUCCACCACACUCCACACAGGAUUGUUUACAUUAACCUCCGCUCUCACUCGUCUACAACAACGUGCCUGUUCAAAUUUUUCUUUCAUUGACUUUCUCUCCCUGUUUUGUUUUUCUGUGUGUUAAUAAUUUAGACGACCUCAAAACCUGCCUGGAAAUUCCCACUCGCUCACAGCUGUAUUUGUCGUCUCACAGCGAAAGUUUGAAUUUGUCUUUUCUUUUUAAGUCCUGCUGUUAAUGAGACUUGUUUACUAUGACUGAAUGCUACUGACUGUGUAUUAUCGGCUUCCAGCUCUCAUCUCUGUGAUUAUGUGCAUGCUGAUAAUCCCGAACACUGUUAACCGCUCUGAUCGGAACUGAUCCAGUGCAUGGCCUCGAUUUGUUUCCACUAGAUUAUUCACAGAUUAUGGUUUUAAUUGAAAGUCUCAUUGGGGUAAAAAUGAGAAUGAUAAUAAUAAUGCCACUGAUUUGAAAUGUAAUCAGUUUCACUGUGUUCAAAAUUACUGGCUGUAUUACACUGGAAAAAGAAAAUUGUUGAACCAAUAAA